CAGCCACCAGCAGCCUGCCGACGGAUCCCGCAUGUCUAGCAUCGAUGCGUCUCUGUAUUAUGCAUUUUCAACUACCAGCAAGCAGGAAUAUGCUCCGACCGGAGCCGGGCGCUGCGGUUUCUUGCACCCGCACAUCGCUCGAUUCACAAGCCCACGCUAACGCGCCCUGCUCGUUUUACCCGGAAUAAGAUGAAGGACCGGGGUGUGGCCAUGACCUUGGCUCGUUGGUGGGAGGGGCGUGCAGGCGCCUGACAGGGUCUGGCGCAGCGUUGCAGCUGAUAUCAGAGCAGCCAACCAUCAAACAUGGUGUUCCCGCCGCAUGUCGUCUACCGCGGCGCUUCAUACACCUCCCUACUUGCCAGUGUCAAUGCUUCGUGCGCCUCCAUGACUUUCGCAAGAUCCUGCCGUUGCUGGCGCAGCCGUGGCUUCUACUGUAUCACCUGCUAGAUAUUCCGACGCCCUACGCAGCUGCGUUGACUGGCAUGGCAGCGGGCCCCUCAUCGGCGGGCGAGCCUUCCAAGCCUCCGCCUAGAGAGUCUACACCAGCACCAGGAGCAGCCGAGGAUGUGAAACCGACACCACCGCCAUCACCACCAUCUUCAGACUCUCCUGCACCGCCGCCUCCUUCGCCCCCAUCGUCACGUGCCCCGCCGUCACCUGCACCUCCUCCGCCCGCAUCCGAGAACAAGCCCCGGCAGACAUCGACAGCUCCUCCACCUGCAAAGACUUGGGCGCCUGCAGCUGACAUCAAGCCAUCCUCCCUAUCAUCAUCAAGCACCGCUAGCAGCAGCAUAGCCAACUCCACCAGUGGCUCCUACACCAACUCCACCACCCCAAGUGGCAUUGCUGGACUGACAAACGCCCUAGGCGCGGCCGACGGCGGCGCGGCUGCCAGUAGACCGGGCCUUGGUAGCGGGGCCGUGGCCGGCAUUACGCUCGGCGCGGUAUUGCUCGGAUUUGCACUGGGCGCCCUGGUGGCCAUGUUCUUCUUCAGGAGAAAACACAGGAGAGCCGAGAGCGAAACCGCGCCCGCCGCCUCCUCCUCUUCCUGGCGCCGGUCAGGAGUCGUCGAGCACAUCGGCAACAAGGACGGCGCGGGGAUGUCGGCAGCGCCUGCGGCCAAAUCCGCGCCCGCUCGUCAGCCUUCGUCCGCUUCUUCCGCGUCGUCAUCCAUCCUUUCGCCAUUGGCUGUAGUGGUCAGAGCGGCAUCGGCGCAAGCAGCGCAUCCAGCGUCAGCCACUGCAUCAGACCCGCUCCGGCUAGACCAGUUCCUGCUUUCACCGGCGCCGGACCAGGCCAUCGCGUCGGAGCUGCAGGCUCUGGAUCACCUUAUUCAGAUGCACGUCGAAAACUAUUACCAUCUAGGCCGCAUGCAACCGUCGACUGCCGUCCGCGACGAGCUCCAAUGCGCUCUCGUGGACCUGGGGCUGGGCAAGGAACCAUCCGAGCCGACCCCGGCGCAGGUGGUCACUCUUGCAGUGAAGCCAAAAACACGGCAUGCGGCGUUGAGGCACAUUAUCGCCAGCGCCAUGUCGCAGAGCGUGGCCCUCGGCUCAACGACCAACUAUUCACUGCUACCAUCGUCGUUACGUCUCUUUGUGAAGGAGAUGGCACCAACAGAAAAGGACCGGGGCAGUCCAAAAGCCGUUUCUACUGCUCUUACACGAUGGCGGCAAAUGUCCAUGUUUCUCAUCCACCCCAAUAGGUCCGACAGGAGCACAUUGGUUCCGACAGAGGCCAUGGUCGGUGAUAAGGUAAAUAAGCUGGCAGUGGCUCUCAACAAGCUCCUUGAUAUCUUUGUAAACCCGCAAGGAUCAGGCCAGCAGCAGAUCCACCUGCACGACCUCCUGAUGGAGUGGGCAAAGUUUGGAUACCUGCUGCUCUCCCAGCCGGGAGAGUUCUGCCUGCGGCAAGUCGCCGAAGGUCAGCCAGGGCAGGGCAAGGGCCACCUCGUCGUGUGCCCCGGACUAGUCAAGGUUGGGAACGAGCAGGGGGAGGCGUACAAUCCUUCCAGAACCUUGCUGGCCCCGGCAACGGAGCGGAUUUGACUCACGGGGGGUUAGAUGAUUGUUUCGUAGACGGAAACACUUCUGUUCUCUGGAGCGCAGGCUUGUUGGUAAUUUCAAAACUCUUGAGGGCCAUGCAGCGGCGGGACGGAAUCUUGGGAGUGCCAGUCCACCAUGACAUAUCACAUCACCGCGCCAGGCUAUAUGAAAUGCAAUACUGAAAGCCAGAUUUUUGCUUGUUGUUUCCCCUUCUGCAUCACCCGUCUUGGCUGGCGGCGCCUAGCGGCAGGCUAGCGAGGGGGACCUGAAUUAGCCCGUUAGGCCUCCAUCCUCCCC